UUAGUUUAUAUGUAAAUUGGAUUUACCUCUAAAUUAAAUUAUUGUUUCAAAGGCCUCGCUCAACAUUGUGAUUACUGCAUGGAUAGUCACUGUUCGUGUCACUGCAAUGAACAGGUUGCGCAUCUCUGCGAAACAGCUGUUCGCAAAUGAUAACAACAAGUUGGAAAAAUGUUGCGGACUGCUUAUCCCAAGGGCGUGCGACAGUUUUUUGACAAUGUCCAGCAACAGUUAUGCAAAAGGGAAUUUCAUAGCAAGCGAUUUGGACAGUCAAAGCUGACGAGUCGAAGCAGAAAAUUUCCGUUGGUACGGGUGGGUCUUGUACUAGCUGGAGCUGGAGCUAUUGCCUACGAUGGCAUUGAAAAUGAGUUUACCUACUGCGGUGCUGGCGUGCGAUUUAUGCGUUCCUUGAAAACGGCAUCAUUAAUAGCAAUGGACUACAUGAGGGUUGGAGAAAAUGAUACGGACUAUGCAAAGAACUUGAAAGCGGUGCACCAGAAAAGCGCAGAUCGUCUACUGGAAACGUGUUUGCUAAAUGGUGGACUUUAUAUAAAAAUAGGCCAGGGAUUUGCAGCAAUUAAUCACAUACUGCCCAUUGAAUAUACCAGCACAUUGACCAAGCUGCAGGACGAAUGUCUACCAACGUCAAAGGCUGACAUACAAAAAGUGUUUCAAAAGGAUUUUGGUCAGCUACCUGAAGAUAUCUAUAUGGAGUUUGAUUACAAGCCUGUAGCAGCUGCUAGCUUGGCACAAGUGUUCAAGGCAAAGCUACAAAGCGGCGAACAGGUUGCCGUAAAGGUGCAAUACAGUGAUUUGCAGAAGCGAUUCAUCAGCGAUCUGGGAACCAUAAUAUUUCUACAUGACAUUAUUGAGUUUAUCUUUAAGGACUACAACUUUGGUUGGAUUUUGACUGACCUGCGUAAGAACUUAGUGCACGAACUAGACUUUAUACAUGAAGGACAAAAUGCUGAGCGUUGCGCCAAAGAUUUGGAAAAAUUCCCCUAUAUAUACGUACCCAAGGUUCAUUGGGCUCAUACCAAGACUCGCGUGCUUACGCUUGAGUGGAUGGACGGCUGCAAGAUCAGUGACUUGGAAGAAAUGAAAAAGCAAAACCUCAGCCUGCAUGACGUUGAUGUAAAGCUUUUCAAAUUGUUCUCUGAGCAAAUCUUUUCGACAGGCUUUGUUCAUGCGGAUCCACAUCCCGGCAACAUAUUUGUACGUAAGAGUGCGAAGGAUGGCAAGGCUGAGAUUAUAAUUUUAGAUCAUGGUCUGUAUGAGGAACUGCCAGAUCAUGUACGCGGACCUCUAUGUGAAUUUUGGGAAGCGGCCGUGCUGCGUGAUGAGCCCAAAAUGGAAGCGGCCGCCAAGAAAAUGAAUGUGGUCGACUACAUGAGAUUUGCGGAGGUGCUCUUUCAACAGCCCUUACGUCAACGUGCCGGACGCAUUGUUAGCAAGCUUACUCAGGAGGAUAUCGAUCAGAUACAACAAGUGGCCAAAGACAAUUUUGAUUCCAUUAUGAGCACAUUGAAGGAAAUGCCACGCAGUAUGCUCUUUGUAGUACGCAAUCUGAAUACUGUGCGAGCCAUUAGUAACACUCAUGGCGAUGUGGUGGACAGACCGAAGAUUAUGGCACGCUAUGCACAGCGUUGUAUGUACAAGCAUGACGGCCGAUCGCCUUUGAACAUGUUGCGCUGGAGCUGGCGACGUGUGCGUUUUGAGUAUUGUCUGUGGAGAGAUGCGUUCAAGCUGCGUCUGAUCGACAUGUACUUUAAUGUCUUGUAUUUAUUGGGACGUGCACCAGCAUCGGCGCGCACACUAAUGCGCGAUAUGCUUCAGCAGGGCAUAGAACCCAUGAACUAGUCGUUAGUCAAAUGCAUUUUCUUCUUUGAUACAUAAAUUCUUUAUAGCUUUAAUUUGUUUUUAAGCGCAAAGAGCAAUCGUUUUUAAAUUCCAGUCAGUCCGUUAAAUGUGUGUGAUAAAAUAAAGCUAUAGGAAAUUUAAUUUAAGCUGUUUUGGAUUUGACAACUGCAUUUAAAGACUUGUCUGUUAAAUAUGUGUGCCGUCGGCAACUUGUGUAAAAAA